UCCGCCGAACGGAUUAUUGCGUUGCUAUUUCAGUUUUCUGCUGUGUGACUAGUGAACGAGAUGCCUGAGCCGGCGAAAUCUGCUCCCGCGCCCAAGAAGGGCUCCAAGAAAGCGGUGACCAAGACCCAGAAGAAGGGGGAUAAGAAGCGCCGCAAGACCAGGAAGGAGAGUUACUCCAUUUAUGUCUACAAGGUGCUGAAGCAGGUUCACCCCGACACCGGCAUCUCUUCCAAGGCCAUGGGCAUCAUGAACUCCUUCGUCAACGACAUCUUCGAGCGCAUCGCCGGGGAGGCGUCUCGCCUGGCGCAUUACAACAAGCGCUCCACCAUCACCUCCCGGGAGAUCCAGACCGCCGUGCGCCUGCUGCUGCCCGGGGAGCUGGCCAAACACGCCGUGUCGGAGGGCACCAAGGCCGUGACCAAGUACACUAGCUCUAAGUAACCGCGCCGCGUGGUCCUCCCCAAAGAGACGUCAAUUUCAAAACCACAAAGGCUCUUUUAAGAGCCACCCACUGUCUCCAUGAGAGGGUUGCAAUCGCUGUACGCUGCGUGAGCAACUUGUCUUGCCAAGGUAGCUCUUAGCAAAGCACAUAUUGGACUUUUUUGGUUAUUCUAACUGCAUAUUGGUUUUUUCAAUCUGCUGCUUGUUUGGGGGCUUUGCCAGGGCGUGUUCGGCUUUAGCAAGUCUUGAUUGGCUUCUUGCUUCCUUUAAUUGCCUGUUUAUUAAGUAACUUUAAGUGGGAGGUAGAUCCGGAUCGGGCUGCGCUGGGCUGGGCUGGGCUUGCUUGCACCUGACAUGAAAAGGCCGUGCAACUUUUUGAAUAUUGUAGACUGGGGGAGUUUCUCCUGUGCCACGUUAGUGGCUUCUGUAGGAUUUAAUGAUCAGAUAGUACGGGAUAGAAGCAGCACGAACUAAGUGCUUAUUAAAAUCUUAUUAAAACCGAAUAGAAUUUUAACACUAGCUGUAGAAUACACAGGUGGAGAAGUGUCUGUAUAUCUGGGUAGAGGGCUUAGAUGACCCCACAUACACGAUUUGUUAAAAGUCAGGGUGCAUAAUUCGCAAUAACCCAGAGUCAGUGACAGGAUUCUGCUCCUCUGCUAACAAAAAUCUCGCCCUGGACAAGCGCCGAUGUUUGCCAAAUACCCACUUUCGCUGCCACCUUCCCACCCCGGGAAGGGGAGAUGGGGAAACCCAGGCGCGACCUGAAAUCCCUGGUCGGUGAAAUCUCCGCUGCUGAGCGAGGGACCGUCUUCACUUGCAACUACGGAGGAGGCGGGGCGGGGGGAAUCAAAGUGAAGUGAGUUGUGGGGUUAUUUUUCCUUGCGGGCUGGGUCAGUCUAACUUCGCUGCUGGGUUCGCAAACAUUUAAAUGCGGGUCCCCUGCUGGGAGCAGACGGGGGGGGGCGGGGACACAUUGAGGUUCCCUCGCUUUGCUAGGGCCUUGCAGGGACCCCUGUCCGGGGGGAGAGGGAGUGUUUCACACCAAAGCGCCGGGGGCGGCCGGUCUUGAUCUUUGACGUCAGACAGUGACUGGACGCCACAAGUCCUGUUCUUUUUGCAGACAGACUGACACAGCUGCUGCUCUGAAAUCAGCUUUACAGUGGCCUUGCUCCCUUCAAUAGCCAUUGAUAAGGACACCCUAGCUUGGCUUGACUGGAUUGUAUAUGUUGUAUUGUAACAACAAUGCUAUUUUUAUCUGUUAUAUUUUUUGUUACUCUUUAUUUGGGGGGAGGGAGGUAAAUUUUUUUUUUUAAAGGCACUACAAUCUCUGUGAAGUGCUUCAGGGCAAUGUUCAGGGUAUUGCCCAGGCCUAAGAUCUGCCUUUUAGUCCAUUCACACUGGGAUUGAAAUCAUAAACUGACCCCCAGAUGUAGAAGAGCAACGGGGUGCUGAGGCUUGUUCUGGAGAAUGAUGUGAUCUGGAAUAUGGGGUCGUACACUUAGCACACCAUGCUAAGAUCAAAGUGUGCAUGUGAUGCUUGGGUUUGGGGUCUACACAGAUAUCAGGGGAAAACAAUGAGGAGGGCUUGUGGCACGUUAGAAACUUAACACAUUUAUUUGGGCAUAAGUUUUCAUGGGCUAAAACCCACUGCAAUAGGUUUCUGCUGAUACAGACUAACACUGCUACCACUCUGAAACAGAUUUCAGGGUUACACAUUGUACCGGGGGGGGGGGCGGAUGAACCUUCAGCCUGCCGCAAAAUGAAACAAUGACCCAAAAAAGGGGUCUUGAAGUCUGGCUCACUACCACACCAAAAACGCUGGGUUAUUUAGCAAAAAGUAAAUAUUAAAUGUAUUUAAAAUA